AUGUCAAACGUGGUGGUUCUCGACAACGGCGCUGGCCUAAUAAAGGCUGGAAUCGGCGGCGAACGUGACCCAACUGCCAUAGUCCCCAACUGCAUGUGCCGCCCACUCUCCUCCAAAAAAUGGCUACUAGCCGACCAACUCCUCUCCCCCACCGAAGACCUCACCUUUGCCACUCUCCGCCGCCCCUUCGACCGCGGCUACCUCAUAAACCCAGACCUCCAAACCUCUCUCUGGUCCCACAUCUUUACCAAUCUCCUCCACAUCACUNGCAUGUGCCGCCCACUCUCCUCCAAAAAAUGGCUACUAGCCGACCAACUCCUCUCCCCCACCGAAGACCUCACCUCCGCCACUCUCCGCCGCCCCUUCGACCGCGGCUACCUCAUAAACCCAGACCUCCAAACCUCUCUCUGGUCCCACAUCUUUACCAAUCUCCUCCACAUCACUCCAUCUCAGUCCUCUCUCCUCUUAACUGAACCCCUCUUCAACCUACCCUCUAUACAAAGAUCAAUAGAUGAGAUUGUUUUUGAAGAGUUCAAUUUCAAUUCACUGUUUGUCACUGAUCCACCAGCUUUAGUCCACCUUUAUGAGGCCUCAAGAAGGCCUUAUGGGUUGGUGUCAAAAACUCAGUGUAGUCUUGUGGUGGACUGUGGGUUUUCUUUUACCCAUGCAGUUCCCGUGUUUCAGAACUUCACUAUGAACUUUGCCGUGAAAAGAUUGGAUUUGGGUGGGAAGGCAUUGACCAAUUACUUGAAGGAGCUGGUGAGUUAUAGGGCUGUGAAUGUUAUGGAUGAGACUUUUAUUAUGGAUGAUGUUAAGGAGAAGUUGUGCAUUGUCUCGCUUGAUGUCGCGCGGGAUUUGCAAAUUGCAAGGGCUUUAGAGGCAGUCGAAGCUGACUAUCCCAUCCAGGACGAGUCUAUGAGGAACGUUGGAUCUACGCUUAGUGAAUCUCAGCCAUCCUUGUUGUUGGUGGAGACUGGAGCAAUAGGUUUUCCUCAUUUGGUUCUUUUCGGUCAGAGUUGA